AUGUUUAACACUACUGUUACGAUGAAUAGCUGGUUUUUGAUCUUUAAGGUCAGUAAUGGGUUUGAAGAUGUGUCUCCAAGAGAGUCGGUAAUUCGAUAUUUCGAAUUGGGAUUGUUUCGGUAUGCUCGAGGUGGUAAGGCUUGUGCAGCCACAUCUCGAAAAGAGCGUGUUAGUGUCUUUGAAGAGCCAGGAUUAUGGUUCUCAAAAGAUGUUGAGGGUACCGUCAUGUUUUUAAAGCGAAAGAAAAAAGUUUUUUUUUUUUUUUUUACAACGGGACACCGCUUAAUUCACAACGGGCUUAAGGCCAUAUUUUUUGUUCAGCGGUGUCCCGUUGUAAACAAAAAAUAUGGCCUUAAGCCCCGUUGUGAAUUAAGCGGUGUCCCGUUGUAA